AUGCACUUCUUAGUCUUAUCAACAAUAGAGCAGUUCGUGCAUGGCAUGGUGAAAGAUGACAGUAAUGAGGAUUGGUAUCUUACGAUAGUAUAUGGACAUCCAAAUGCCAUUAUUCGCAGAAGUCUCUGGGAGUCACUUACUUCUAUUCAAAGAUCGAUGAAUGGCAAAUGGGUCGUGGGAGGGGACUUCAACGUGAUUCCUCAUCGUGAUGAUCGCUUUGGGCUUUGCAUAGGCAUUAGCGGUAGAGUGGAGAGACAAUUCCAAGAUUGGAUCCCCGCUAGCAGCUUGCUCGAUAUUGGGUUUUCCGGACCUUGCUUUACUUGGGGGAGAGGGUCUAGCCAGAAUAGAAUUGAUAGAGUUCUUUUCAAUGAAUUAUGGAUUGAACGCUUCCCGGAUGCUUUGGUUCUCCAACCUCUAAAGUUCAAAUCGGAUCACUACCCAUUGUUACUCAGAACUAAGAAAGUUGCUUCAUUUUCAACCAAUGAGUGGCCCUUCAGUUUUUUUGCCCCUUGGGUCCUUCAUGAGGAGUUUGGGAACUUCGUUAAAGACAAUUGGGCAAUGAGGGGGGGACUGGAACUCAAACGUCCAUGA